ACGGUCAGUCCUUAAAAUCUGCGUUACAUCAGGGUAAGCAUGACUUACUCUGAGUAGAGCUAUUAACUAACACUGGUCUUUUAAACCGAUGAAUCUCACAAGAGAAGUUGACUUUGGGCCAAUUCGUGGCAGAGGGCUUGUUGCCACACAGUCUGUACGUCCUGAAGAUAUCCUUUUUUCUGAAGAGCCUUUGGUAUGCUGUCAGUUUUCAUGGAACAAGCUGUAUGGAUAUAAAGCCUGUGAUCAUUGUUUAUGCCCACUUGAAACAUCAGAAGAAAACGCCCGAAGACUUACUAAUAAUCCAAGUCUUACACUGCCUCAUCCUGAAGCAGCGUUUCAAUGUAACCAAAUCGUUCAGUGUCCAAAAUGUCUAGUGAAUUAUUGCUCUCCGAACUGUCUUGAAUCAGCUGCUCUCGUUUAUCAUUCCGUAAUGUGUAUUGGUCUCAAUGAGACAAGUGGUGAGAAUCCAUUGGAAAAAUUGGACAUGUUAUGGCGAGAGUCACACUACCCGCCUGAAAGUGGCACUAUUUUCCUCCUUGUCCGUGUUGCUGCAGCUUGUCUUUCAGCGUGUAUUUUUGACUCAAUACAUUCACAGCAUGUUGUUGAAGCACUAAAAACUUUUGUUUCCAGUACAAGCGCAGCAACCAAUGAGGGUGAAAAUAAUGUUCUCUAUCACCAUAUACUUGGUGAUCAGUUUGUUUCACGCCUUGAACAACUUCACAGUGCAUUUAUUGAAGUACUCCUAUUCUUGUGUAAAAAAUCUUCUAAUGCUUCUUCAUAUGAUGAAUGCAUCCAAAUACUUCAGAAGGCUGGACUGAACAACCUAUUGGAAAAGAAUCACUUCACUUCUGCUUUAUGCCUUAUUAGUCGAAAUGGGCAAGGUAUUGCUACAAGCGCCUUCAGUGUCUGGGCGAAUCAGGCCGGAAAAUUGGCUAGUUCGGUGAAUGGCGAAGAAUCUGCUCAAUUCACUUUGAUUCUUGAUCAGUUAUACGAGGCAAUGGAUAAUCAUGUUGGAUCCUUUUUAGACAAUGAAGGAGUAGGGUUAUACUACUUCCAAAGUCGUAUCAAUCAUAGUUGCUCACCAAACUCAAUAGUACGUUUCAAUGGCACAAAUAGUCGGUUAUCUGUUGUGGCACUGACAUCAAUUAAAGAAGGUGAAGAAAUCACUAUAUCAUAUUUAGAUCAAUGCUUACAAUCCCGUAGUCGUCAUACAAGACGUAAACAUUUGUCACAAAAUUAUUUAUUCUGGUGUGAUUGUCCUAAGUGUGAAACAGAGAAGAUGAAUGGUGCACCAAGUGUGACAUCCUCUGAAGAAGAAGAAGAGAGUGAUAAUGAUGAAGAUGACGAAAUGGGUGGAGAAUAAAUUUAGCGAAAAUAGAUGUGUCUGACAAAAAAAAUAUAGAAGUGCUUGAAAAACAAAUAAUAAUAGUGGUGAAGCAAAUGUUAAAAACUUGCUCACUUCUAUUGUGAAUAUUUUCUUAAAAUGUAUUAAAUACAAUCAAAUUUAUACACUGAUUAA